AUGGGCGCCCCCGCUUUCCACAAGUCCCUCGACUGCACCCGUUGGGGCAACCAGAACCCCUCGGCCGCGGCCCACGACUUCUUCUUGAAGGCCUGCGACACGCUCAAGGCCCAGAAGAAUGGCGGAACCGACGUUAACAACAUUGCCUAUGUCACCCAGUACAAGGAGGGAUCAAACACCUGGACCAUGAAGGGUGCCGACUACAACAAGCAGUACUCGAACUGUCGCCUUGCCGUCGACACCAUCAUCAACCAGUGCAUGGGCAACUACCAGUGGUUCCACGGUGGCAGGUACGGCACCGGCCCCGACAUGUUCGAGAUCUCGAAGAACUAA